UUGAAAUUCAGGUUUGAUAUUUAUCGAAAAGUACCCAAAGAUUUAACGCAACCAACAAGAACGGGUGCUAUAAUCUCGAUUGUAUGUGUUUCAUUCAUUUUAUUUAUGCUAUUCAAUGAUCUACGAGCGUUUCUCUCAGUUGAAGUUAAAUCUGAAUUAUUUGUUGAUGAUCCUGGACGUGAAGGACGAGUGAAAGUGCAUGUGAAUGCAACACUGCCAUAUUUGUCAUGCGAAUACGUAGGAAUAGACAUACAGGAUGAGAACGGUAGGCAUGAAGUUGGCUUCAUCAAAGAUAUCGCGAAAGAACCCACUGCUGAAAAUGGAUGCAGAUUCGAAGCAAAUUUUGAGAUUAACAAGGUUCCGGGCAAUUUUCAUCUGAGCACACAUUCAGCUGCAAUGCAACCAGACAAUUAUGAUAUGAGGCAUAUUGUACAUGCAGUGAAGUUCGGUGAUGACAUGCAUCUGCUGAUGAACAAAUUCCAGGAUAAAGCUCGAAUCGGAAGCUUCAAUCCAUUGCAGAAUCGCAACGCUUUGAAUGGCGAAUCACUGAGCACGCAUGAAUAUAUAUUGAAGGUUGUACCAUCAGUUUACGAGGAUAUUCAUGGUAAAAUGCAAUACAGCUAUCAGUAUACAUAUGCACACCGAGAGUAUAUUAGUUAUCAUCACACGGGAAGGAUUAUUCCAGCAAUUUGGUUCAAGUAUGAAUUGCAACCGAUCACUGUCAAAUACACUGAAUCAAAACAACCAUUCUACACAUUCCUCACUUCGGUGUGUGCUGUUGUUGGAGGAACAUUUACCGUCGCGGGUAUAAUCGAUUCCACACUUUUCUCAUUGUCGGAAUUUUAUAAGAAAUAUCAAAUAGGUAAACUCAGUUAA